GGUCAGCCGCGGCGGCAGGGGCGGCAGCGGCGCAGCUCUGCUCCCCGCGCGUCUCCCGUCCCCGCGCCCCAGUAGGGCGCGCAGCUCCCGCCGCCGGGAUGCUGCCGCCCGCUCGCCGCGACCGCCGCCUCGCGUUCCCGGCACUGCUCUCGCUCCUCACCUGCUCCCUGGCUUUUGCUUUGGUUUCUGAAGAUACAAAGAAAGAGGUCAAGCAAUCUAAGAAUUUGGAGAAAAGUGGUGUCUCAAGGAAAAAUGACAUAGAUUUAAAAGGAAUUGUAUUUGUCAUCCAGAGUCAAAGUAAUUCUUUUCAUGCAAAGAGAGCAGAACAGUUAAAAAAAAGCAUCUUAAAGCAAGCAGCAAAUGUUACACAGGAACUCCCCAGAGUCCUUCUUCUUCAUCAGCUGUCUAAGCAAGAAGGUGCAUGGACCAUACUUCCAUUGUUACCACACUUUUCUGUAACAUAUAGCAGAAAUUCAUCGUGGAUUUUCUUCUGUGAAGAGGAGACAAGAAUACAAAUUCCAGAACUCUUAGAAAUACUCAGAAGAUAUGACCCGUCAAAGGAAUGGUUUUUAGGAAAAGCAUUACAUGAUGAAGAAUCGACCAUAAUUCACCAUUAUGCCUUUUCUGAAAAUCCUACAGUUUUUAAAUAUCCAGACUUUGCUGCUGGCUGGGCCCUUAGUAUUCCACUUGUAAACAAGCUUACCAAGAGGUUAAAGAGUGAAUCCCUGAAAUCCGACUUUACGAUAGAUUUAAAACAUGAGAUUGCCCUCUACAUCUGGGACAAAGGCGAUGGGCCUCCCCUCACUCCAGUGCCUGAGUUGUGUACAGAUGCUGUGGACUCCUACUGUGCCACCACAUUCCAUUCUUUUCUACCACUCUGUGGAAAUCCAGUGAAGAAAGAGGAUAUAUUUUUUGCAGUAAAAACAUGCAAGAAAUUUCAUGGUGAUAGAAUCCCCGUUGUAAAGCAGACCUGGGCGGGCCAGGCAAGUGUCAUUGAAUACUACAGUGAUCACGCAGAAAGUUCCAUUCCUACAGUAGAUCUGGGGAUUCCCAAUACAGAUAGAGGUCAUUGUGGAAAGACAUUUGCCAUUUUGGAAAAAUUUCUGAAUCACAGCCAUGACGAAAUAGCAUGGUUGGUCAUUGUGGAUGAUGAUACAUUAAUAAGCAUCUCCAGGCUCCAGCACUUGCUUAGCUGUUAUGACUCCAGCGAACCAGUGUUUCUGGGAGAGCGGUACGGCUAUGGCCUGGGCACUGGCGGCUACAGCUACAUCACAGGAGGAGGAGGAAUGGUCUUCAGCAGAGAAGCAAUCAGGAGACUUCUCGCCAGUAAUUGUCGCUGCUACAGCAAUGAUGCCCCCGACGAUAUGGUCCUAGGAAUGUGCUUUAGUGGGUUGGGAAUCCCUGUGACACACAGCCCUCUCUUCCAUCAGGCUCGGCCCGUGGAUUAUCCCAGGGACUACCUUUCUCACCAAGUUCCCGUAUCCUUUCACAAACACUGGAACAUCGAUCCAGUAGAAGUGUAUUUCACGUGGUUGGCACCCAGGGAGGAAGACAAAGCCAGGCAGGAGACAAAGAAAGGCCUUAAGGAAGAGUUAUAAAACGUGCCGGCCUGUGAGCACAGUUUGGGUCAGAGACAGAAUUGGAGACUGGCCUAGUCCUGCUGAGCUGUGAUCAUUACUGCUUCCGCGUGCCACACGGCAUUGGAAGCCUUCUGACUUUAGGUGGAAAUUACGUAUAUGGUAUUUUUUGAGGGGGGAGGAAGCAGAGUCAUAGGGAAAACAGAUUUUUUUUUUCUGGGAAAAAAAAUCAUUUGCUUUUUGCAUUAUGCAGUUACUGUACUAUACCACGAUUACUGUGUAUUUUUCAAGCUGUGAUACAGCAGCUUUAUUACUGUCACAGAAAAAUAAAUGGUACCAGAAGUCUCCUUCCUGUUUUCUCUCUUCAUUAUAAAGUGUCAGAUGGGCUUGAGACUGAGAAGACAUGACUGUAUUUAUAUAUAUA